AUGUCUUCAGGACGGCUGGAUAGCUAUAUAACUAGUUCCAUAGCGCUUUUGGAGGCGAACCCAUCGUCCACGGUGGUUAGCAUCAAGUAUGAGAGUGGUGCCAAAGCUGGGAAAGUAAGCUUCCGCACGAGCAAUCCACAGCUGCUGGCGCGAUACAAAUUCAGCACAUCGAAAUCUAAGGACGUUUCGAGACUUCUGAGUGCUGUUGGGCCGCGAGGUGUCUCGAUCACGCCCGGGAAAGUGGCCAAACGUCGUUGUCGGGCCGCUCCAGUGAUCGAUGUGAAUGGUAUGAGCACACUUCUGGCCAAUCGGGACAUUCCGGAGGCCCGUGAGGAGGCGCCACAGCCCAAGGCGGCGGGCAAGAAGAAGAAGAACAAGAACAAGAAACGCUAG